GCACGAGGUGUCCAGGUUUUCUGUGCAGACUUUGCGUUGGUGGGAUUUGUUGGUGACGUUUAAAGCAGCGCACGAGCUUUAAUUGAAAGAAAAUCCUCCCUGAGGAUGCGCACGAGCAGCCAGAGGAGAUGGAGGACAGCAGCUCGGACAGACUCUCCGCUUUGGGGAUGGGCGUCGAUAACUUUAUCUCUCUUCUCGUUUUUGGAGUCAUUUUCUUCCUGGGCGUUUUGGGGAACGCUCUGGUGAUCAUCGUCCUGGCGCGCAGUAAACCCGGCCAGCCGAGGAGCUCCAGCAACACGUUCAUCCUCAACCUGAGCGUGGCCGAUCUGUCCUACCUGCUCUUCUGCGUGCCUUUCCAGUCCACCAUCUACAUGCUGCCCACGUGGGUGCUCGGAGAGUUCAUCUGCAAGUUCAUCCACUACUUCUUCACCGUGUCCAUGCUGGUCAGCAUCUUCACCCUGUCCGCCAUGUCCGUGGACCGCUACGUGGCCAUCGUGCACGCCAGGAAGUCCUCGUGGAUCCGCGUUGGGAGGCACGCGGCGCUGGGCGUGCUGCUGAUCUGGAUCGCCUCGCUGGCCAUGGCCGCUCCAGUGGCGCACUACCAGCGCAUCGUGCGCACGGAGGACAACCACACGUUCUGCUGGGAGGACUGGCCGGAUCACCAGAGGAAAGUCUACGUGAUGUGCACGUUCGUCUUUGGAUACCUGCUGCCGCUGACACUCAUCUCUGUCUGCUACGCAAAGGUUUUAAAUCAUCUUCACAAAAAGUUGAAGAACACAUCCAGAAAAUCAGAACUCGCCAAAAAGAAGACGGCGCAGACGAUCCUGGUGGUGGUCGUGGUUUUCUGCCUGUCAUGGCUGCCACAUCACAUCGUCCACCUGUGGGUGGAGUUCGGCUCCUUCCCGCUGAACCAGGCCUCCUUCGUCUUCAGGAUGGUGGCCCACUGCUUGGCCUACAGCAACUCCUCUGUCAACCCUAUCAUCUACGCCUUCCUGUCGGAGAAUUUCAGGAACUCCUACAAGCAGGUGUUCUGGUGCCGGGUGCCUGGCGAGUGUCCUCUGAGUGACACCAGGGAAGUCCGCACCAGAGUGGAGACGGUGGCAUCCAUGAACAUCAGUGUGACUCAUAGAGGUCAAAAGCCUCAGAUGAGCAAAAUGCUUUGAUUAUGCUGAAUCUUCUGUGUUCUCAGUUCUGUGACUUUUAAAGACAUUUGUGCGACAAACUCAUAUAGGAACCGAAGCCAAACACAACCUGUUUUAAUUUAGAAUUCACUGAUUUCUUAUCAGCUUUAAAGGAAGCUCUUGUUCAAUUAGCGGUGAAGUAAAUAAAAAAGUCAAGGUCAACUUCAAGGUCAAGCUGAAGGUCUUGGUCAAAAUAUGGAGAGAGGUUUUCUUCACACUUGACCUCAGGGUUGACCCCAGAGAGAUUAGA